GCAGGCACUGCUGGCAAGGUGGUGGAGCUGCAGACCGAUGCAGAGUACCAGGCAGCGCUAAAGAAUCUUGCAACCACCAAGUCCGCAGCCAUGUUUGACUUCACAGCAAAAUGGUGCGGGCCGUGCAAGAUGGUUGCGCCGGUGUUUGAGUCGCUUGCCGAGGAGUUCAACACCCUCAGCUUCUACAAGGUGGACAUAGACAACGAGAACGUGACCCAAGCGGUGACGGAGAACUCGGUUGCGGCGGUGCCAACCUUUGUUGGGUAUCAGGGGGCGGAUCGUGUGACGGCUUUCAGCGGCGCAGGCGAGUACCGCCUGUGCAGCAUGUAG